UCUUUAUGAUCUUGCAUAGUGAUAAAGGUCCCUGGGUCUCCGGUUGCGUAUUGUUGGACACGGAACUCCGGAUGAGCGCAGAAACUGGCAGUGAGAACCGGUUUAACUUUACCUAGACAAGACGAGACGAAACUUGUCCUCUCGCUGAACAGGUUGAGUGUCCGUCAUGGUCAUCCAUAGCGUAUAGGUGAAGGUGUGAAUACAGCAACUAAAAACUUGGGUGCGGACCAAACAACUAUACUGAGACUCAGCUGAAGAGGUGGUCUUGGACCAGUUUCAAACAAACCCUGGGGUGUGUGUGCAUGUGGCCACAGGUGGCGCAAGAGGACCAUGGAGCCCGAUGUCAUCCGUCUGUACUCUUCCUCUCCCCCUCCACUGGAUGAGGCUGGAGAGGAAGAAGAGGAGGAUGAGUUUGGUGAGUUUGGUGAGUUUGGGGGUUUUGAUGGCGGAGGAGUGUCAUCCAGUUUCAGCUCCUCAGACAUCGACACGCCCACAACCUUCAACCAAUCAAACGCGCUGGAUGAAUCUCCACCUGACCUGUACAUCAAAUCUAUACAGAAUGUCGCUGUAUCAGGGAAGAGUGGAUGGGCUAACGAGAGAAAAAUGGUAGGAGAAUCAAUUAGCAGUGUCGAGAAAACAGAACAGGAAUUAUCUGAGACGGUCACAAAUUUGUCAUCCUUCGAUCAGAAGGCACUCUCUGCUGAACAUGGUCAGAACACUCCCUCGAUACUUCCUGAUGUCCGAAUCAGCAUUUCAAGUGAUGGACACGUCCUCAGUAAUGGAUACAGUGAGUCUUGUGCAAAUUCAGAGCUGGACAGAGCUCUUUCCACCUGCUUACAAAGCACGGACACUGAAGUACACUCUGGACUGGACGUCAACGUAGUUGAUGUGUUAGUUGGAAACCAGCUGAUCAACAAAACGGACAACCUGCCUGAUUCAAACAAUCACUCAUCCCAUAAAGAAGCAUCUGAACCUGAAGAGACGGAAGUCAGACUGGAGGUUUGUGGCGACUCCAAGUUGUUUAGUUGUAGAGAUGCACAAGAACCUGAAGGUGAGCAUAAACAAACGAAGAACUUUGUUGUUUGUGGUCAACAUGAAGGGUCUGUGGACUGUGAUGACAUAGCCGAAGCAGAGACGGCCCCCUCCAUGGAUGUAGAUCUAAUCUCUGACACUCAGAUAAGUGGAGACACAAGGGAAAUUCAUAGAUCGUUUGCAAACACGGCGAACAAGGAUUUUGGCGCUUUCAGAGAUGCAUCUCAGGGUUUCUCGGACUUCAGCCGGACUGAAUCUAUAACACAAGAAGGAUUUCCUGAAUUUGUCACAGCGAUGUCCAGGUGCUCCACGGAUGAUGAGUUUGGUGACACGGACACCCUGAAGGACUUCAAGGAGGACGACGAGCUGGCUGAGGAAGCAGCGUGCGAUGAAGGAGCUUUUUGUUCUGAGCUGCCUCCCAGUGACAGUUUUGCCGACUUUAGUGCAGCUCCAUUUGGAGGAGUGGAGGAGUUGCAAGACAACUGGACUGCAUUUGGACCCAAUGAAGGCACAAAAGUGGAUCAGGAUUCAUGGGCCACAUUUGGGGAGGAACAGACUACUUACCUGGGUAAAGAAGAACUAGAUGUUGAGACUUCAACAUCGCCCUCUAGUGGUGACCUCCAGGGUAGCACUGCUGAGUUUUGCUGCAAAUUACAGCAUCUCUUCAGAACCGCCUUCCCUUUAGAUGUCCAUCCUGAUGUCAGCGGGGUCACUGAGGUUCUGCCCCUCCACAAAUUCCUGCAGGCUCAGAAUCCUCAGGAGCAAAGGGCACAGGAGAAUUCAUUGGCCUUGUGGUGCCACCUUCAGGAGAUCCACAGCAGUCAUGGCCUUAAGUUCAAGUGGGCAGGUUCCCAUAGUAACAGAAUUCUUCUGGAUUGCCUAGGAAUCAGGAAUAUUUUGUUCACUGGAGACAAGCAGCAGCCAGUGAUCGUGCCUAUGUUUGCUGCUGGACUGGGAAUGCUGGAACCCACCAAAGAGUCUCAAAAAUCUCCAGCCUCCCCUGCACUUUCCCCUUCUGUUUCUGUGGAGAGUGGAAAUAUUCUAUGCACUCAGGUGGCGUCCUCUUUGGCCAUUAGUAUUGACGAUGGUGGAAUCUCAGUGCUAAAUUUGGACUAUUUUGGGCCUGUGGAUGAAUGUAGCUCAGAUAGUGAAAAUGACACUCCACUACCAGGUGUUGAUCCAGAGAUAUAUGAACUGACUACUGCUAAAAUUGAAAACACCACUGGUCGCAACAUUGCAGAUGCAUUUACAAAACUCAUGGAGUCUAUGGAGAAAACUACAACAGCCAGGAGGCCAGAAAAAGAGGAAAAGACAAGCGAGGAAGCAGCAAAGGUCAUCUCUCUUCUCCCUGACCUCUCCUUCAUGCAGGCCAGGGUUUUAAUGUUCCCCUCCAUUCUAACUCCAGCAGCCAAUCAAAUAUAACCAAACACGGUAUCAGCCAAUCACCUUUCAAAGAUUUCAAAGUCAUUAUGGCAUCAUCAUUUAUUCAGUUCAUAGACAGCUACAAAAAAACAAACAGAUCAAGUCAUCGUUUCUUCAAAAAAAAAAAAUCCCAUUUAAUAUAAAAAAGUAACCUUUUAAAAGCUCCCUAUUUCUCCACUCCUGCAGUUAUUACAGGUUUUUUUGUUUAGGUGAAUUGAAUCGCCCUGUUAUGUGUGAAAAUGUUCCAGCAGAAAAUAGACUCACCUGUCUUUUAUACACAGUAUUUAGAACAGUAGAUUUACUGUUAAUGUCUGAUACAUGUGUUUAUGAUUUUAUUUUUGAGUGCUGUUUGUGAAAAUGUGAGUACUUUUCACUCUGUGAAAUGCAGAAUUGCACAUUUUACUACUUGAAAUCUGAGCCUGUAAAUCAGGAAUGGGCAACUUUGGUCCUGAAGAGUCUCUCCUGCAGAGUUUAACUCCAGCCCUUAUCAAACACACUCGAACAAGCUAAUCAAUGUCUACAGGAUUACUAGAAAGCUGCUGGCCUGUGCAUUUUUAUCAGGGUUGGAGCUAAACUUUAGGAGCUAAAGACCGAAAUUGCCCAUUCCUGAUUUAAGUCAAUACUGACUCCUGGUUGCUAUACACACACACACACACAUUAAUAUGUGCUUUUCUUUUUAUUUCUCUGUAUUGUUUUAAAUGUUAUUCAGUUCAGUACUUCCUUUAACUCAUUUUGAUCAAUUUUUACGUUCUUGUACACUUUAUUCAGUGUAGUACUGAAUUGCCCUGAUAUUCUAACCAUCGUUUCUUUUUUACUGCCUUUAGUUUAGUAAUUUUAUUUAUUUUAUUUUCCCACAACUGACAAGCACACGAGAAGAUUAUAUCAUUUAAUUUUUAGAACUUCAAUAAGGGAACUGCGUAUGUGUGUGUCUGCUUUUUUUUAUUUGUGAUUUGUUUUUGUCUUAUCAAUGUCUUUUCACUGAAUUAUUUUAAAGGUGGAUCUUUUGCACAAUCUGGUAUAAUAUGAAUAUACAGCAGUUCUAUGACGUCUUAAAGAAAUGAUUGAAAUAGUUUGUACUGUUCCUGUGGAAAAGAGUGUAUAAAGGAAUUUGUGUCUUUGUCUUCUGUUGUAAAUUUGCAUUUUGAAGUUUAACAAUAAAAAGGCAGAUAAACUAGUUA